ACUUCUGCCUGAACCACCUGGAGGAGGCCAAGCCCUUGGUGGAAUUCUAUGAGGAGAUCAAGAAAUACGAGAAGCUGGAAACAGAAGAGGAGCGGGUAGCCCGUAGCCGGGAAAUCUUCGACUUCUACAUCAUGAAAGAGCUGUUGGCCUGCUCACAUCCGUUCUCAAAGAGUGCCACUGAGCAUGUGCAAGGCCACCUGGUGAAGAAGCAGGUGCCCCCAGACCUCUUCCAGCCAUACAUCGAAGAGAUUUGUCAGAACCUCCGAGGGGACGUGUUCCAGAAGUUCAUCGAGAGUGAUAAGUUCACACGAUUUUGCCAGUGGAAGAAUGUGGAGCUCAACAUCCAUCUGACCAUGAACGACUUCAGUGUGCAUCGCAUCAUUGGGCGCGGCGGCUUCGGCGAGGUGUAUGGGUGCCGGAAAGCUGACACGGGCAAGAUGUACGCCAUGAAGUGUCUGGACAAGAAGCGCAUCAAGAUGAAGCAGGGGGAGACCUUGGCCCUGAAUGAGCGCAUCAUGCUCUCCCUCGUCAGCACUGGGGACUGCCCCUUCAUCGUCUGCAUGUCGUAUGCAUUCCACACGCCGGAUAAGCUCAGCUUCAUCUUGGAUCUCAUGAAUGGUGGGGACUUGCACUACCACCUGUCCCAGCAUGGGGUCUUCUCCGAGGCCGACAUGCGCUUCUAUGCAGCCGAGAUCAUCCUGGGCCUAGAGCACAUGCACAACCGCUUCGUGGUCUACCGGGACCUGAAGCCAGCCAACAUCCUUCUGGACGAGCACGGUCAUGUGCGGAUCUCAGACCUGGGCCUGGCCUGCGACUUCUCCAAGAAGAAGCCCCAUGCCAGCGUGGGCACCCACGGGUACAUGGCGCCUGAGGUCCUGCAGAAGGGCGUGGCCUACGACAGCAGCGCCGACUGGUUCUCCCUGGGCUGCAUGCUCUUCAAGUUGCUGCGGGGACACAGCCCCUUCCGGCAGCACAAGACCAAAGACAAGCACGAGAUCGACCGCAUGACAUUGACAAUGGCCGUGGAGCUGCCCGAUUCCUUCUCCCCGGAACUCCGCUCCCUGCUGGAGGGGUUGCUUCAGCGGGAUGUCAACCGGAGACUGGGCUGCCUGGGCCGUGGAGCUCAGGAGGUAAAGGAGAGCCCCUUCUUCCGCUCCCUGGACUGGCAGAUGGUCUUCUUGCAAAAGUACCCACCCCCGCUGAUCCCCCCAAGAGGGGAGGUGAAUGCAGCUGAUGCCUUCGACAUUGGUUCCUUUGAUGAGGAGGAUACGAAAGGAAUCAAGCUACUAGACAGUGAUCAGGAGCUCUACCGCAACUUCCCCCUCACCAUCUCGGAGCGGUGGCAGCAGGAGGUGGCAGAGACCGUCUUUGACACCAUCAAUGCUGAGACAGACCGGCUGGAGGCCCGCAAGAAAGCCAAAAACAAGCAGCUGGGCCACGAGGAAGACUACGCCCUGGGCAAGGACUGCAUCAUGCAUGGCUACAUGUCCAAGAUGGGCAAUCCCUUCCUGACUCAGUGGCAGCGGCGGUACUUCUACCUGUUCCCCAACCGGCUCGAGUGGCGGGGUGAGGGCGAAGCCCCGCAGAGCCUGUUGACCAUGGAGGAGAUCCAGUCAGUGGAGGAGACACAGAUCAAGGAGCGCAAAUGUCUCCUACUUAAGAUCCGGGGCGGUAAACAGUUCGUUCUGCAGUGCGACAGUGACCCUGAGCUGGUGCAGUGGAAGAAGGAGCUGCGCGAUGCCUACCGCGAGGCCCAGCAGCUGGUGCAGCGGGUACCCAAGAUGAAGAACAAGCCACGCUCACCCGUGGUGGAGCUGAGCAAGGUGCCGCUGAUCCAGCGCAGCAGUGCCAACGGCCUCUGA